CGUUCACUUCUUCUCCUCCGACUAACUACAUCUCUAUCUCAUUCUGAUACACAAUUUCCAACAAAAAAGCCUGAUUAAGCAUCCAUGGCGGACCGUCAACUACAACAAAAACAAUGGGGCGGCGAACACAAAGGUGCCGGCCCUUCGACCUCAACGAUUUUAGCUGUGGUUACUCUUUUGCCUCUUAGUGGCACUCUUCUCUUCCUCGCCGGUGUUACUCUCACCGGAACAAUGAUCGGGUUAGCUGUAACAACCCCACUUUUUGUGAUAUGUAGCCCAGUUCUUGUCCCGGCAGCUUUUGUUAUUGGUCUGGCUGUUACGGGGUUUUUGGCAUCGGGUGCUUUUGGGAUCACUGCACUCUCGUCUCUGUCGUGGAUGUUCAACUAUUUGAAGAUGAGAGGCAUUUUGCCGCAGAGGUUUGACCAGGCGAAGCGGCGCGUGCAGGAGACGACGGGGCAGUUGGGCCAGAAGGCUAGAGAGAUGGGGCAGACUGUUCAGGGUAAGGCUCAAGAAGUGACCGGCAAGACAUAAUUUGCUUAUAUCAUUUGGUUGACAUGCAAUUAAAAUAUAGAUAUGCUGAUGAACUUGGAGUUUGAUGGAUGGCUUAUGUAAUAAGAGGGUCUUGUAUAAAGACUAAGAACGAUUUUACUGCCUUUGCUGUUUCUGCAUAUUUCUCUUUUUUAUUUUCCUUUUAAAUGUAAGUUUCUGCUUAUAAUUAGCUUGAGUUUGUGUGUGUGUUUUAUUUUGUUAUCAAAUAAAUAUUAGUUUA